AUGACCGUGGCGUCGGGGUGGUCGGGCCGCGUCUGGGGCCGUACCCUCUGCUCCACCAACGCUGGCACGGGCAAGUUCACCUGCGUCACCGGCGACUGUGGCUCGGGCAAGCAGGACUGCGCUGGCGGCAGGCCGGCUCCGCCGGCCACACUCGCGCAGUUCACGCUCGACGGAAGCGGUGGGACGGACUCGUACGGCGUCAGCCUUGUCGACGGUUUCAACCUCCCGGUGCUGGUGGCGCCGCAGCAGGGCGCGAGCCCUGGCGGCAACUGCGCGCUGGCGGAGUGCGAGGUGGACCUGAACGCCGCGUGCCCGGCCGGGCUGCGCGUCACGUCGGGCACCAGCGCCGUGGCGUGCAAGAGCGCGUGCCAGGCGUUCGGGUCGCCCCAGUACUGCUGCACCGGCGAAUACGGGAACCCCGACAAGUGCAAGCCGUCGUCGUACUCGCAGUUCUUCAAGAAGGCGUGCCCGCGGUCGUACAGCUACGCGUACGACGGCGCCGACUCCAUCUUCACGUGCGGCAGCGGCGGCGGCGGCACCUGCGCCUACACCAUCGUCUUCUGCCCGAGCACGCCCAGCAGUGCCAAGCUCUCCACCAGCCCUAACUCGCAGCCACCGGGGACGGGGAAACCUGCCGUACAUCAACGGCACCACGCCAUACACCGGCGGCAGCCAGGUCGGCGGUACUAG